GAAGUGGAAACAAAACCUAAGCUUGCAAACAAUGAUCCCAGGGAAAUACAGAAGUACUAUCAGAUGUUCUAUGAACAAAACAUCAGAGACAGCCACCAUCGGAGAAAACCGGAGGAGAUGGCCAAGAUCUAUCAGAUUGCUUCGGUGUUAUAUGAUGUUGUGAGAACUGUGGUGCCUGAGAAAGUUGAUGAACAGAUAAACUAUUAUGCUAGAGAAGUUGAGAUGAAAAAGAAGCAGUAUGUACACUACAACAUUCUUCCCUUGUAUGCAACUGGUGCUAAGCCUGCAAUAAUGGAACUUCCUGAGAUCAAAGCCUCGAUUAGUGCUUUAGGUAACGUAGAGAACCUUCCAAAGCCCAGAGCUCCAUCUAAUGAGCCUGAAGACGUGGAAAUAGCCAUCCAUGAUCUGCUUGAUUGGCUUUGGCUAGCUUUUGGGUUUCAGAAAGGAAAUGUUGCAAAUCAGAGGGAACACUUAAUAUUGUUGCUUGCAAAUGCUGAUUCAAGGAAUAGGCAGGAAGAAGAAUAUGUUCUGCUGGAUAAUAGAACUGUAGAGGAUUUGAUGCAGAAAAUAUUGAAAAAUUAUUUCUCAUGGUGUAACUACUUGCAUCAUAAACACAAUAUCAACAUCCCAGAUAAUGCUGCUGACAGCCAACAGUUACAGCUUCUUUAUAUUGGACUGUAUCUUCUUAUUUGGGGUGAAGCUUCAAAUAUUCGAUUCAUGCCAGAAUGUAUUUGCUACAUCUUCCACAAUAUGGCAAAAGAGCUAGAUGGAAUUCUGCGCAGCAAUGUGCAUUUAGUUAGUGGAGGCACAAUUCAACCAGCACACCAGGGUGAGGAUGCAUUUCUGCGUGAAGUUGUGACACCUAUUUACCAGGUCUUGCGCAAGGAAGCCAAGAGAAACCAAGGAGGCAAAGCAAGCCAUUCAAAGUGGAGAAAUUAUGAUGAUCUAAAUGAAUAUUUUUGGUCAGAUAAAUGUUUUAAAUUGGGGUGGCCAAUGGACCGUAAAGCAGACUUUUUUGUGCAUUCUGAUGAGAUACAGCUGAGAAAUGAGCGACCUAACAAUGUCACUGCUGGAAAGAGAAAGCCCAAGACAAAUUUUGUUGAAGUCCGAACAUUCUGGCAUCUUUAUAGAAGUUUUGACCGAAUGUGGGUAUACUUUAUAUUGUCUUUCCAGGCUAUGGUAAUAGUUGCAUGGAGCAAUGGAGGAUCACUCACAGCUCUUUUUGAUGCGGAUGUGUUUAGAAAAGUUAUGAGCAUUUUUAUCACCUAUUCUAUACUGAAUUUCUUGCAAGCUACUCUGGAUAUAAUUCUUAGUUGUAGAGCUUGGGGAAGCUUGAAAUAUACCCAAAUUAUUCGGUAUCUCCUGAAAUUCGCGGCUGCAGCUGUAUGGGUAGUAAUCCUUCCCAUAGGCUAUUCCAGCUCUGUGCAGAAUCCGACAGGACUUGUCAGGUACUUUAGUGAUUGGGCAGGUAAUUGGCAAAGCCAGUCUUUCUUUAACUUUGCCGUUGCAAUUUUUAUGAUGCCCAAUAUAUUGGCUGCAUUGCUAUUCAUUCUACCACCAUUACGGAGUCAAUUGGAGCGUUCAAAUUGGCACAUUAUAGUACUUAUUAUGUGGUGGGCUCAGCCAAAACUGUAUGUUGGAAGGGGCAUGCAUGAGAACUUGUUCUCACUACUCAGAUAUACUCUGUUUUGGAUCCUUCUGCUAAUCAGCAAGUUAGCAUUCAGCUACUAUGUUGAGAUAUUACCAUUAAUUGGACCUACAAAGCUGAUCAUGGGGUUGAAAGUUACUACUUACACGUGGCAUGAGUUUUUUCCUAAUGUAAGGUAUAAUAUUGGUGUUGUUAUUUCCAUAUGGGCACCAAUUGUUCUGGUGUAUUUAAUGGAUGCGCAGAUAUGGUAUGCUAUUUUCUCCACCAUAUUUGGUGGUAUCCAUGGAGCCUUCAGCCAUUUGGGUGAGAUACGUACUCUUGGGAUGUUGCGCUCAAGAUUUAAUUCUGUGCCAGGAGCUUUCACUAAACGUCUUGUGCCACUGCCAAUCAAGGAUGUCAAAAGGAACCACUCGGAUGAUUCAUUGGAAAGAAGGAAUAUAGCAAAGUUCUCUCAAGUGUGGAAUGAGUUCAUCAAUAGUAUGCGCAUGGAGGACUUGAUCAGUAAUCGGGAGAGGGACCUGCUUCUUGUACCAUAUUCUUCAAGCGACAUAUCUGUUGUCCAGUGGCCACCUUUUCUUCUAGCGAGUAAAAUACCUAUAGCAUUGAACAUGGCGAAAGAUUUCAAGGGGAAGUCAGACAUUGAUUUAUUUAAAAAGAUUAAUAGAGAUGAUUACAUGCAUUCGGCAGUGAUUGAAUGCUAUGAAGCUCUCAGAGACAUACUGUAUGGCCUUUUGGAUGAUGACGAGGAUAAACUGGUUGUCAAACACAUAUGUUAUGAACUGGAUACCAGCAUAGAGGAGCAUAGAUUCUUGAAUGAAUUCAGGAUGAGUGAACUGCCUAAUCUCAGCUCUAAGUUGGAAAGACUUCUAAUUCAUUUGAAAGGUGAUACAGACAAUGUUGAGUCAUAUAGGACCCAAACAAUCAAUGUCCUUCAGGAUAUUAUGGAGAUCAUUACAGAGGAUGUCAUGGUUAAUGGACAUAAAAUCAUGGAAAGAUCUCAUAGAGGCAAAAAGGACAAUGACAGAAAAGAAGAAAAAUUUGGAAAGAUAAACUUCCACCUAAUGCAAAAUAGCUCUUGGAUGGAGAAGGUUAUUAGGCUUCACUUGCUUUUGACUGUUAAGGAAUCUGCAAUUAACGUGCCCAUGAAUUUGGAAGCACGCCGCCGUAUCACUUUCUUUGCUAACUCUUUAUUGAUGAAAAUGCCAAGAGCUCCAAAAGUCCGAAACAUGCUAUCUUUCAGUGUCUUGACGCCAUAUUUCAAAGAAGAUGUCCUCUAUUCUGUGGAGGAACUUAACAAAGAAAAUGAGGAUGGAAUAUCAAUUUUGUUUUACCUACAGAAGAUAUAUCCUGAUGAAUGGAGCAAUUUUCUGGAACGUCGUAAUGAUGAGAAGGAUGAUAAUACCAAGGCGGAGUUAACUCGUCAAUGGGUAUCUUACAGAGGCCAGACACUUUCUAGAACAGUGAGAGGGAUGAUGUAUUAUAGGCAGGCACUUGAACUUCAAUGCUUCCUGGACAAGGCAGAAGACCCUGCCAUUUUUGGUGGUUACAGGACAGUAGACCAUAGGGAGCAAACAGCUCUUGCUACCCAUUCAGAAGCUGUUGCAGAUAUGAAGUUUACCUAUGUUGUUUCCUGUCAGAUCUAUGGCCAACAGAAAAAAUCCAGUGAAGCUCGUGACCGCAGUUGUUACCAGAACAUUUUAAAUCUCAUGCUACAGUAUCGAUCAUUGCGUGUUGCUUACAUAGAUGAGAGAGAGGAGAAUGUUAAUGGGAAACCUGAAAAGUUUUAUUACUCUGUUCUUCUCAAGGGAGGGGAUAAAUACGAUGAGGAAAUUUACCGCAUCAAGCUCCCUGGUCCUCCAACAGAUAUUGGUGAAGGGAAGCCUGAAAAUCAAAAUCAUGCCAUAAUUUUCACUCGUGGAGAAGCACUUCAGACCAUAGACUUUUAG